UGAAUAUAUAUUCGUUCUUCUGACUGUAUCCCCUUUGUAAACUACCAUUAAAUCCAUCCAGACCGUGGUGAAAGAAGGUUCCCGACUCGGUGGCUGACUCGGAGAUACUAUACUCCGGCUGAUCCAUCCAUUCCCCGAACAACCACCGCCGUCACCUUCCUUCUCCUGACAUCCCCCAUUCCCCUGACACCCGUCUUUGAAACACUAAGGAUUUAGACACAGCAUGUUCAAUCGCAACAAUCUCCCCUUCGGAUCGAGACCCGCUCCGUCCCCUCGCCCUGGCGGCGGCGGUGGUUACGGUGGCGGCGGGUACUCCCCCGCGCCCGCCGCUCCGCCGCGGUCUCGCCUCGAUGCGCCCAUGCCCGACGUCCCCAUGAACAAUGCAAGGAGCAGUCCGCACGCCGAUGCCGACGGGCCGGUGUGGAUGCUGCGCUCGGAGAAGAGUCCGACAAACGACUACACAUAUGGGAAUCUGGUGGCCGUAUCGCCACAGGAUUUCCCCCAGUCCGGCGGGAAAGACUUCUUCCUCGUCAUCAACGACCUCUAUGUGUUUACGGCGCGCGCGCUGGAUACCUUCCCCCGCGGAUUCAUCAGCUUUUCGGAACCCCAGCGCACGUGGGCCAAGAUCGCUGUCACGGAUGCGGUCAAGGUGCAGAUCUACAACCCCUUUCAUCAGGAUAAGAAGGCGUAUUUGGGAUCAACGGAUAUUGAGGUCGGGUUCGCGGGUCGAAGUCGUACCGAUGAGCCGUAUGAUCAGAAUGAUUUGGCGAAUAGUGUUCGGACGAAAUUCAGCAACCAGAUUCUCGCCCCCGGCCAGAAGAUUCUCAUGGACCACCGCGGGAUCGUGCUGGCGUUGACCGUCAAGACCGUCGAGCUGGUGGACUUGAUGUCGGAGAAGCCGGAGGAGGCGACGACGGCGGCCACGGUGCCGACGGCCCGGGGUAUCCUCACCCCGCACACGGCGGUCAAUUUCUUCAAGGACGCCCGGAGCAAUAUCAACGUCAAGCCGUCCGAUCGCCGACCGGCCGCCAACUCGAUCAUCCGGCCCGACUUCAAGUUUGAGAACAUGGGCAUCGGUGGUCUAGACUCGGAGUUCAGCACCAUCUUCCGGCGUGCGUUCGCGUCGCGGAUCUUCCCGCCCGGCCUGGUCAACAAGCUGGGCAUCCAGCACGUGAAGGGUAUCCUGCUGUACGGCCCGCCCGGCACGGGUAAGACCCUGAUCGCUCGGCAGAUCGGUCAGAUGCUGAACGCGCGGGAGCCCAAGGUGAUCAACGGUCCCGAGGUGCUCAACAAGUACGUCGGUGCGUCGGAAGAGAACAUCCGGAAGCUCUUCGCGGACGCGGAGAAGGAGUACAAGGAGAAGGGCGAGGAGAGCGGCCUGCACAUCAUCAUCUUCGACGAGCUGGACGCCGUGUGCAAGCAGCGUGGCGCGGGCGCCGGGGGCGGCACGGGCGUGGGCGACAGCGUUGUCAACCAGUUGCUCUCCAAGCUGGACGGUGUGGACCAGCUGAACAACAUCCUGCUGAUCGGAAUGACGAACCGCAAGGACAUGAUCGAUGACGCGCUGCUGCGUCCCGGCCGUCUGGAGGUGCACAUGGAGAUCUCACUGCCGGAUCAGAAGGGCCGUGCCCAGAUCCUGAAGAUCCACACGACGAAGAUGAAGGCGAACGGCGUGAUGGCCGACGACGUGGACGUGGCCGAGCUGGCGCAGCUGACGAAGAACUUCUCCGGUGCCGAGAUCUCCGGUCUCGUCAAGGCGGCGUCGUCAUUCGCCUUCAACCGACACGUCAAGCCGGACACGGUAGCAGGCGUCAAAGACGACGUCGUCAACCUCAAAGUGUGCCAGGAAGACUUCUACCACGCCCUAGAGGAAGUCAAGCCCGCCUUCGGCGUCGCCGAGGAAGAGUUCGAGAACUGCCUGUCACGAGGCAUCGUGCACUACUCACCGCGGAUCAACGAGAUCCUCAACGAAGGCCACCUCUUCAUCAAGCAAGUCGGCGCAGCAGACGCCACCCCCCUCUUCUCCGUGCUCCUCCACGGGCCCUCCGCCAGCGGCAAGACCGCCCUAGCCGCGCGCAUCGCAAUGGACUCCGACUUCCCCUUCAUCCGCCUAAUCAGCCCCGAAGACAUGGUCGGCUACAGCGAGACGGCCAAAAUCCAACACAUCAGCAAAGUCUUCUCCGACGCCUACAAGAGUCAAACCAGCGUGGUGGUCGUCGACAAUAUCGAGCGCAUCAUCGACUGGCAGCCCCCCCACGGCCGCCGCCUCCUCAUCCUAGCCACCACGACGGAGCGCUCGCUCAUCAAAGAGCUGGGCAUGUACAGCUCCUUCGACGCAGACAUGGGCGUGCCAACGGUGCAGACCUACGAAGAGCUGCGGAGUGUUCUGGAAGAGUCGGGCGCGUUCACGGCGGAGGAGAUCACGCGCGCGCUGGAGGGCAUUUACAGCGUUAACGACGCGACGCAGAUUGGGGUCGGCAUUAAGAAGAUUCUGUUGGGUAUUGAGACUGCGAAGCAGGAUCCGGAUAAGGCGGGACGGUUCGCGAAUGUUAUUAAUAGGAUCAUGGAUCAGGAGAGGAGGUAGGGUAGUUUAUAUACUCCUUUUUGGUCUGGGUUUGUGCAGUAGAUAAUAGAAUAUAUUGUUUUGA